CUGAAGUCUACUCCCCCCGCCCGCUCUCUGCAUCGCCACAGCGCUGCACUGGUCAAAACCCAGCCAUGAGCGACGAUGACGACUAUUUGGCGUUUAAGGAAAUGUAUGAAGCCAAUAGCUCAACUGAUCCCAGCUAUGUGUUUAGUGAAACUGUCGAGCUCUGUUCAAAGCAGGCUGUCAACCAGUUCGGUGCAAGACUCAUCCCAGUGUUCUACUACACCAUCUUCCUCCUGAGUUACCUUGGCAACGGGCUUGUUCUCUUUAUCAUCUACAAGUUUGAGAAGCUCAACACAGUGACAAACAUCUUCCUUCUGAAUUUGGUCCUCUCCAACCUUCUAUUUGCCUCCAGCCUCCCCUUCUGGGCGACAUACCAUCUGUCUGAGUGGAUCUUUGGUGUGGCUCUGUGUAAGAUGGUAAGCAGUGCGUACUUCAUCGGCUUUUACAGCUCAAUCCUAUUCCUCACACUCAUGACAUUUGACCGAUACCUUGCAGUAGUGCAUGCAGUGGCAGCCGCCAAGAGCAGGAAGAAGGCAUAUGCCAUUACUGCGUCAGUGGCAGUUUGGUGCAUCAGUAUUGUAGCUAGUGUGAAAGAGCUGGUUUUCCAAAAUGUGGGAAAGAGUGUAUUCAAUGGGCUGACAUGUGAAGAGUUGGGAUACUCCGAGAGCACCAUCGAGCGCUGGCGGCUGGUCACUUACUAUCAACAAUUCCUGCUCUUCUUCCUCCUCCCUCUCACCGUGGUGAUGUACUGCUACAUUAGCAUCACUAUCCGCAUUUUGUCUACCCGCAUGAAGGAGAAAUGUCGUGCUAUCAAGGUCAUAUUUGUCAUUAUCUUCACCUUCUUCGCCUGCUGGACACCCUACAACAUCGUCAUCCUCCUUCGAGCUCUUCAGGUCACCAGCAAGGAGGAAGGCUUAUGUUCCGACUCGGAAAGCUUGGACUAUGCACUGUAUGUGACCCGGAACAUAGCCUAUCUGUAUUGUUGCAUUAGUCCUGUGCUUUACACAUUUGUGGGAAAGAAGUUCCAGAGCCACUUCAGAAGGCUGAUGGCUAAAAAGAUUCCCUGUCUGAAGAGACACAUGAGCACCAGCAGCCAGAGCACCAGGAGCACCUCUCAGAGGACACACUCCGCCCACGAGUACUAGACACACACACACUAUUAAGAAUGAAUGUUGUAAUCAGUGUGUGUAUUCAGGUGGCUUAGUUACCAUCUAUGCAAAGUUGGGGAAAUUAUAGGAAACAUUAUUUAGACUUCAGAAACAGGUUUAUUACCAAUGAAUGUCAGAGAGUUGAUUUUUGUCAUCUCCUUGGUUUGAUUUGACGAACAUCUGAUAAUGAGGGAAAAAAAGACAAACACCAUCAGUAAACCCACCCUUUACUACUGAAGUGGUUUCAUGAAUGAUUUUCGUCUUUCAAUUGAAGCGGCACUGGCUCUCAGCCCCCAAAAACUGGUUCUACUACCAAACAAUCUGCACAGCCGGCACCAAAAGCCAAGAGCCUCAAGACGGAGCAACAACAGUUCAUGGAGAGAAACGCCAGGCAAACAUGUGACAUUUUUCAUUAUUCACCACACUAUGAAUUAUGUCCCAUUUACUAUCAUUGUGUUAGCAACUACAUAUUCAUUCAAAUUGUAUAAUUUUGAUAUGGGUCAUUAAAAAAUUGGAUGGCAUUUUCUGUCCCACCUAUUGUUGAUUAAUAGGGUUUUUAUUCUGUCCGGGCAUAACAGGUGUAUCCUCACCACCACGAGGUACCGAUAAACUCCCUUCUUUCCAUACUACCUCCAUUGAUCAACUCUUAUUUAUACUUUCCUGUUAGUUUAUCCUUUAGAUUGUCACAGACCUGUUAAUGAACACACUUCUGAAACCUUUGAGAUGUAAUACCCGUAAAGCACUGCUGCCGUAUUUCAGAUCAAACGAUCAUGGCGACCUCCAAUGUGACUUACUAUUUUCUGCAACAGAGUUGACCAGGUGCUACUUGCCAGCUGUUAUCUCUGGGAGACUGCAGUGUUCAGUCAGGGAUUGACCCUCAACCAAGGAGACAGGACACUGGAAUCAAACUGGACU